UUCUGACCCGCCUUUAUCAUCUCUCAUGCCCUAAGCUAUCCAUAGUGGUCGCCCUAUCUCUUCAGCUUUCCGUUCACUCAUUGAGUACAUUCAAGCAUGGACCCUUCAACGACAGAGUCUUCCCCUCUAUUGGGGACCCCUUCUGUAAAGAAACCCUUCUAUCGCGCGAGACCGUUGUGGCUCGUCCCGUUUGCUAUCACUGCAGCACUUGUCCGUGGCAUGACUUUAGCGCCUCGACUCGAAGUUGUCACCCAAUUAUCUUGUCUCGCCCUCCACCAUCACACUCUCAACCAUUCGCAGCCAUCAGUCUCUACACCUAUACAUUCCCUAUUCACUUCGCUCGAACCUAAUGGAUCCACUUUCCCCCCAUCUAAUAUACGAACAAACCCGAUAUUAAUCUACUCAAACUAUUCGGACAUGAGACAUAGCGACGAAGACGACGAGGAUCCGCGAAUAAUACCGUCUCAGCAGUGCAUGGCUGACCCAGCCGUACAAGCAGGAGCGGCGCGUAUUCAAACCGUCAUGACCACCACUAUGGGUUUGCUAUCCGCCACAACUAGCGGUUAUUGGGGUCACUUCAGUGAAAGGCAUGGUAGAACUCGUGUACUCUUCCUAUCGACAUUUGGCUUGUUUCUCACUGACUUAACGUUCAUCUUGGUCUCAACUCCUGGAUCCCCACUUGCGUCGCACGGACACAAGAUGCUCAUAAUCGCGCCUUUCAUUGAAGGCCUUCUUGGCGGAUGGUCAACGUUACAGUCGGCUUGUUUAUCCUAUGUCUCUGAUUGCACUUCGCCUGGUUCUCGUGCGACCAUCUUUUCACGCUUCAUGGGCGUGUUUUAUCUUGGUUUAAGCGUGGGACCUACUAUUGCGGGGUGGAUAAUUAACAAUGGAAUCCCCGGAAUCGAUCGAAUCGGCACUCCGACGGGACAGGGAAAGAGCGUGACAGAAGUCUUUUGGCUCGCUAUUUGUUGCUCGUUCAUCAACUUCUUACUCGCCGCAAUUGUGUUUCCCGAAUCACUUUCUCGGGAAAGCCGGGCUACUGCUGCGCAACAAUAUCAUGACUCUCGUGCGAGCAAGGGUAAAGCUCGAGCAUCAGAAGAAGCGGGGGGUUCUCUUGAAGGCUCUGUAUCUACGGUCAAGAAGGGUGGGAUCCUCGCCGGACUUUUGAGUCCUCUAUCCACCUUUCUACCCGCCACCAUCACGGUGGUGACCGGAAACGGUAUCAGGAAAAAGAAAGACUGGAGUUUGACAUUCCUUGCCCUUGCUCUUUUUAUGUACAUGCUUUCGACGGGUAUUUUCCAGACCAAGUAUCUAUAUGCCACACAUGUCUACAGUUGGGCAGCCGACCAACUCAGUUACUACAUCUCAUUCGUGGGUGGAAUGCGGGCUCUGACUACACUGUUUUUCCUCCCCACUGUGAUUUCGCUCUUCAAACCUAAACCUCAAACCCCUUCCACUCCGAUCGCGUCCACCAGUGCUCCCGGAAAGAGAACCAAACCAAAGAUGACCAAGCAACAGUUACGACGAGAAAUCAACUUUGACCUCAUGCUCUGUCGUUGCAGCCUGUGCUUCGAUAUCCUUGGCAAUUUCCUGAUUUCAGUUCUUCCUGCACCCUCUGGCAAUGUACAUCCGAUGUCCCCUGGUACUUUGCAUACUACGUCUACCACAAAGCCAGUCUCAACGUAUCGAAGUGCAGUUUCUUUCGUCGUCGCGAGUACGUUCAACAGCAUGAGUUCAGGGCUAGUGCCGGCUAUUCAGAGCUUGGCUUUGUGUAUAAUGCAGGCGAGGACUCUUCUCCAGGAAGAGGGUGACGAGGAAGGACGUAGCAGUGAAACUGGCGUCGUUGAUGGCAGAAGUGAAAACGUGAACUUGGAAUCCAACAAUGAGAUAGGAAAGCUUUUCGGAGCUUUCUCGACCGUACAGGCUUUAGGGCAAAUGAUUAUCGCGCCUUUAGUGUUUGGGCUGGUGUACAGUGAAACCGUUGCACAAUUCCCAAAGACGAUAUUCGUCGUGGCUUGUAGCAUUUUGGUUGCUUCUCUGUGCUCAGCGACUCUUUUGAGGAAUCCUGUUCGGGGGGAACCUGACGUGAAGGGUAAAGGAAAUGGUCAAGGGCGGAAAAGACAAAGCAAACACGAAGAAGAACGAAGGGGAAGGUCUAGAGUGAGUAAAGAUCUGUUUGGUGGCGCGUAUCGUCCGGAAGAUCUAGAAUAUGAAGGUGGUUUCCAACCGGAUGCAGCAGCGUAAGUUUUAUUAUAUGGUAGCUUUAACAGAAUAUUGGGUUAUUUAGUCCGUGUAACUAUUCGUAUAUAAGUAUAUCUUGUGUAACAACAUUAUAGUCAAUAUUGUUCAUACUUCCUCC